GAGUAAUCUGAAGGUGAGAGACAGGAGACAGCAACUUAAUGAAGUCAAUAUAGACCAACUGAGAACAGCAGUUCAUCAUGACAAGUCUUCGAAGAGUGUUCUUUAGCCUCUCUGCUGCUCUGUGGAGUGUAUCUAUUGCAGAUGAGAUCGUAGUAUCAGGAUACGAAGGAGGAGAAGCAGUGAUCAGUUGCUCCUAUGGCCAUGGGUAUGAGAAUUACAAAAAGUACCUCUGUAAUAGGGGCUGUGACAACUCUGAUAUUGUCAUUGAAACUCAAUUGGGAGUUCAAUACACUAAGAAAGGCAGCUUUUCUCUGCAUGAUGACAUAAAGAGAAGAGUCUUCACUGUGAAUGUCACUAAACUGACCCUACAGCAUGCUGGGAUAUACUGGUGCGCUGUGAGCAGAUAUGGGAAAGACAUCUAUACAGAAGUCAGACUGCAAGUAGUCAAAGACUGGUGCUGUGACAACCGUGCCCUCGUCCAGGGCAACAGCCAAGCUUCUGUGUCAGUAAGCUGUCCCUACAAGCCUCAGCACAAGGAGAGUCAGAAGUACUUCUGCAUAGGGACCCGACCCUCAACAUGUCUACAACAGGCUACAGUCACAUCCAAGCACAACACUGGGAGGUUCUCUCUCCAUGACAACAACGCAGAUGGAGUGUUCACCGUGACAAUCACUGAGCUGACCCAAAAGGAUUCUGGGAUGUAUAUGUGUGGCAUCCGUGUCGAUCGAGGUUUGGAUGUCUACUCUGUGGUUCAUCUAGAGGUCAAAGGUGAAAAGUUUUUUCUCAAACAUUUCAGUCAUGUGACCCUCACCCCUACCUGUAAUCAAAGAUGAUCUAUAAUAUUUGACAAGAUAGUUUAGUGACAGCUCUAACAAUGGAAAUACAUGUCCUUAAAGAUGGAAGGCAGGCAGGAGGAGGCGAGAAUCCGGUGGGACCAUUCUAGCCAAUGAGAGAGCAGAUACCCAUGUGAACAACUGGAUCAACUCUGAUAUAAAGUCUGUUUGUUUGUUUCUGAUAUAAAGUCCACUUAUAUCAGCACAACAACCUUACCAUUACAGCUUAUUCUAUCAAAUAAGCCUCAGGUAGCAAAUUUGAAAUAAAAAAAUAUGUUUGAC